AUGCUGCGGGUCAGGUGUCUCAGAGGAGGUAGCAGGGGCGCAGAGGCUGCCCACCUGAUUGGAGCCAUGAUGGGGCGUGCUGUCACAGGCUGGACGCAGAAGGCGCUCCAGAGCAGCUCCAGCGCCGCCGUGGCCCAGUCUCACCUGGAGGACGAACACGUUACUGAGGCCGCGGCGCAGGACUGCCCAGUCAGCAGCUACAACGAAUGGGACACACUGGAGGAGGUCAUCGUGGGCCGCGCCGAGAACGCCCGCGUGCCGCCUUUCACCGUGGAAGUGAAAGCAAACACUUAUGAGAAGCAUUGGCCUUGGUAUCAGAAGUUCGGAGGCCAGUCUUUCCCUGUGGACCACUUGAAAAAGGCAGUUUCUGAAAUUGAAGAAAUGUGCAAUAUCCUGCGCCAUGAAGGAGUGACAGUGAGACGCCCUGAGCCGAUCGACUGGUCCAUGGUUUACAAGACUCCAGACUUUGCAUCCUCCGGCAUGUAUGCAGCUAUGCCCAGGGACAUCCUCAUUGUGGUGGGGAACGAGAUCAUCGAGGCCCCAAUGGCCUGGAGGUCCCGCUUCUUUGAGUACAGAGCUUACCGGCCCCUGAUCAAGGAGUACUUCCAGAAAGGAGCUAAAUGGACCACUGCUCCUAAACCCACGAUGUCGGACGAGCUGUACGAUCAGGACUACCCCAUUCGCACGGUGGAGGACAGACACAAGCUCGCGGCGGAGGGAAAGUUUGUGACCACGGAACAUGAGCCCUGCUUUGACGCCGCUGACUUCAUCCGAGCUGGACGUGACCUGUUUGUCCAAAGGAGUCAGGUUACAAACUACAUGGGAAUCGAGUGGAUGCGGCGGCACCUUGCUCCUGAGUACAAAGUGCAUGUGAUUUCAUUCAAGGACCCUAACCCCAUGCACAUCGACGCCACCUUCAACAUCAUCGGACCGGGACUGGUGCUUUCCAACCCCGACCGGCCGUGUCGCCAGAUUGACAUGUUUAAGAAGGCUGGCUGGACUGUUGUGAAACCUCCAACACCUUUGAUUCCUGAUGAUCAUCCUUUGUGGAUGUCAUCCAAAUGGCUUUCAAUGAACGUUCUGAUGUUGGAUGAGAAGCGCGUAAUGGUUGAUGCCAAUGAGACCACCAUUCAAAAAAUGUUUGAAAGUCUUGGUAUAAAGACCGUGAAAGUGAGUAUUCGUCACGCUAACUCCCUCGGAGGGGGCUUCCACUGCUGGACGACCGACGUGCGCCGCCGCGGGACUCUGCAGUCGUACUUCCACUAG